AUGGACGCGCAUAUUGCUUCGAUCCAAGCGUCGCUGGACGCGAUCCAUGCGCAGCAAGCGCAAGCGUCCUCGCAGUCGUCGUAUUUUUCAAAUGCAGUACUGAAUACACCCCGCCUGGAUAUUUUGGAGCUGAUCCGCGACGCGGAUCCCAUGGAAGCUUCUCUGUUCAGCUACGCACCGCGCGCCGCAGAAGAAGGGCGCGUGGAUACCGAGGCUGUGCUAAUUCCCCGCGAGCCGCGCCUGAAAGAAAUAGAACUGCCGAGCCCCCUGCGGAAUGGAGUUGCGGGACUCGCACCGGAUAAAGGCGCGCGAUUCUAUCUGACCAUUGCGGACCAGCUCAUGCAGACGUUCCACAAUGCGCCGCGCGCGAGGAAACAUGUGCGCAUGCUACUGAAACGCGAUGGAGAGCUGCAGCGGCAUAUCCAGCGGUACACUUUGACUAUUGACCAGGCGAAGCGCGCCAAAGAGCACCAAACGCCGCAGAAGCAUGCAAACAGGGACGAGGAGGCGGUUGCCCAGAUCAAGGACGAAAUUCAGCGCGAGCGCAUGGAGAUCCUUGCGCUCGAGUCCAUGCUUGCCGAGCUUGGGCGCGCCGAGACGCCGGCCAAGGCACCGCCAAAGACGGCGCCGGCCAAGCCCCACACCACGCCGAAAGCCAGUGCUGCGCGCACCCAAGCCCCGGCAAGCAUGGCAGGAACACCGUAUAACAAGACGCCGACCGGAAAACUUCGGCGCACUUUAGACGGCACGCCGCGCGUUGGACGUGCGGAGCUGCGGCCCACGCUUACCACGCCGCAAAAAGCGCCUGCGCCAGCGCCGUCCACGCCGGAACGCAGCACACCGCGCGCGUUGCAGCCAAGUCCGCAGCACACCGCGCCGUGUAAGCCAAGUCCGCAGCGGCCGCAGCUGCUGCCAGCCCACGCCACGCCGCCCCCUAGCGAGAAACUCGUGCAGGUCACGUCGAAGCUAUGGGCGCUCUUCGGCGAGACGCUGCGGUACGUGACGGGCCCCUGCGAGCCAGCGCCGUUUGCAGAGACGUAUACCAUCGUUCGCAAGCUCGAAUGCUGUGCACAGGACCCAGACACUGCCGCGGUCGAUGCUUUCUGCAAAGAGGCAGUGCCGGCUGCACCGCCUGCUGCAAGCACGACCACCGCCGCGCCGCUAAGUGUAGGGAUGGUCGUCAUGGCGCAUGUUCUCCUGCUUCUGCUCCGUGCUCCGGAGCAUACACUCACGCUGCCGAGCAUCAAGACCUACACGGACAAGUGGUGGCGCCAGCGUGGCCAGGGCAUCUUUUGCGCUGCCAUGCGCGACGCUGGCUCGGCGAGCGAGACUGUGCGCCAGCUGGGCCUGGACGCGAGAGACGUGGAGCUUGGCGGCGAUGCGCUUGCAUCGAGGGCUGUGUAUGGCCUCGUCGCUAAGAAACUGCUGCGAAUCCACCGCGCAGGCGGCGCAGUGACGAUCCGAUUCGCAUAG